AUGGGUACUUUUGAAGGAAAUUUUAAUGAUGAUCCAAAUAAGCAUUUGACCAAGUUUAUAGAGGUUUGUAAGAACUUCAAACAAAAUAGAGUUACUAAAGAUGCACUGCGAUUGAGAUUGUUCCCCAUGUUGUUAUCUCACAAGGCGAAAACGUGGUUGAAUUCUUUACCAGAACACUCCAUUAAGACUUGGGAUGAGCUUGUAUCUAAGUUCAAGGCUAGAUUUAUUCCAAGAGGCAAACGUGCUAUAUUAAGGGGUGAAUUGCUUUCUUUCGAGCAGCAUCCAUAUGAGUUAUUCUACGAGGCUUGGGAAAGAUUCAAAGAUAUGUGGAGAAAUUGUCCAAAUCAUGAGCAAAAGAAAUAUGUUCUAAUGGAAGCCUUUUGGAAUGUGUUGAAUGAUAAGACAGUGACAAUACUGAAUACCGCUUCAAAUGGAGGAAUCAGAAAGAUGAAGAUUAAGAAAGGAAAUGCUACAGGAGUUCAUGCACUUCAGGCUCUGGGAUACACUUGUGACCAUUGUAAUGAGGAACAUCAUUCUGAUCAGUGCCUAUACACCUUAGAGACAGUCAAUUAUAUGAAUAAUAUGCAGCGAAGACCACAUGGGAGCCCUUACUCUCAAACCUACAAUCCAAAUUUGAGAAAUCACCUAAAUUUCUCAUGGAAAAAUGGGCCAAGUUUGAGCCCGCCACAAAUAUUAUCGUCUGGUACUAAACAAAUGGGGCCUCCUAGUUUUCAUGGCCAACCACAACAACAUCAAUUGCAACAGGAGCAUCCUCAAAAGGAGGAAUCCAAAAUUGAGAAGAUGUUUGCUCAGUUAUUAGCAAAUCAAGAAUCUGUAAGGGCUGAGAAUAAGGCAACAUUCUCUCUCCAUGAAACUACUAUCAAGAAUCUCGAGGUUCAAAUGGGUCAACUAGCUUCAUAA